AUGGCGGACCACAUGCGCAUCAGCCGCAUCAACCGCGAGCUGCAGGGCGAGUACCUCACGCUGCGCCACGUCAACCACAUGCUGGUCCAGGAGAGCAUCGACGUCCACGCGGUCAAGGCCUUCCUCGCCAACAAGUCCAGCGAAGUCGUCGAGUUCGAUAAAAACACCCCCACCAAGCGCAGCGAACGGCCGAGGACCAACUCGCAGAGCAGGGUGGCCAUCCAGCAUUACGAAAACUACAGCAACGGCCUCAUCUUCCAGUACUACUCAGUGCGGGCCCUGCUCUGGAAGAUAAGCCUGGGGUACCUGCCGCCGAGCAAGAACAAGUGGAUUUCCCUGAUGGAGGGCAAGCUGAUCGACUACCACGAGCUGGUGCAGGAGCACAUCAUCGACCUGGUGGUCAAGAAGCGGAAGCGCAAGGAGCAGGCGGAGCGCGUGGAGGCGGAGGAGAAGAAGAUGGCCAGCGACCACCCGCUCAACCUGCUCAAGGAGUCCAAGUGGAAGAACUUCUUCGACGAUCGCGAGCUCUGGAACCUCAUCGAGAAGGACACCGUGAGGACCAAGCCCAAGUGCAAGUUCUUCCAGGAGGAGUACGAAAUAGAGUUCAUGGAGACCAACAUUCUCGAGAAGUACAACCUGAAACGGUCGGACAUCCACCUCUCCAAGGCGAAGGACAAGGACCGGACUUACUACUACGAUUGCCUGACGCGCAUCAUCUACAUCUACCUCAAGAAGCACCCCGAAGUCACCUACUCGCAGGGCAUGAACGAGCUGGCUGCCCUCGUCUUCUACUCCUACGCCAACAAGAACAGCGAGUACUUCAGGCGGGUGGCCGAAAGCGACGCCUUCUUCUCCUUCCAGUUCAUCAUGGGCUACCUCCUCAGGUACGCCCCCACUGGGCUGCUCAACGGAGAAAAAUACGCGCACAAAUUCGAGGAACUGCUGAGGAAGGUGGACUUGCGACUCUACUAG